CGGGGGGGGGGGUUGCCCUGCGGGCGACUUGCUCCAAAACGGAGUGAGUCGCCCUUGCGAGUCGCCAUGGGCUGUGCUGCUGCGAAACCUUCACGGCCUUCACCCGCGCCGUCUCCAGUGGGAUGCAAGCUAUUGGAGUUCAAGGUCAGAGGCAGUAAACCCGGCCGAGAGUUCUCGGCGGAGAUGUGUUUCGAACGUGGUGACCAUCGAGGUGGGUCCGUGCCAGCUCAGUUGGUGACGAAGCAGCGGUUGCCCACAGAUUGGAAAAUGCUUUCCUUCUAUGCAACAAAAGUGGUAUUCGAAUAUCAUAACGAUCAGGGCCCAGAGCACAACGUCCACGUUCACGAUCCACAAGGUGCUGGAGUAAAAUUCUUGGGUCAGAACAUCUACCCUACUGCCAAGCCGCCCGGAUGUGAACACAACUGGGGGCCCGAGCAACACACGUUCGGUGCCAUACAACGUGGCCACCUUGCUUGGCGAUCGAAAUAUGAGAUGGACAUUCCGACCCAAGAUGCCUCUGCCUCUCAUUUCUUGGAGUUCCAGGUGUAUGGAAGUACGCCAGGAAGGCUUUUUUCGGCCUACCUGAUGCUCCAAGAUGAACGCGGUCAAACCUGGACAGUAAGCCUCCUGAAGGAAAUCAGCCUACCGGUUAAGCCUGAAGUGUUCUGCUUCGAUGUGUCACAAGUCGCUUUCACAUACCACAAUGAUGAGGGGCCUGAGUUCAAUAUCCAUGUUGACACAGCGCAGGGAGUGCGGCUGCUGAAUGAGAACAUUCUGGGAAGCGCAGUCUUGAUUGGAAACAAUUGGGGCCCAGAGAAUGGUGACAAUUUCAGAUGGCGGGCGCUUCGGAACGACGGGACGUUUGCCUGGCGAGGCAAGUACGAAAUGACCCCCAGGUCCACAUUCAAAGUCAUGGAGGCUGUCCAAAUGCCUACAUACUGGCAGGUCGAUCAUACAAGCCUCUCAAAGCGAGUGCAGGAGACUCCAGAAACCUGUGACGCCAUACAAGAGUUGCUCAACAGGACAUGGGAGUCCACCGUCACCAGAGACCGGCCCAAGGCAGAGGGCGCAGAUCGCGCAGUCAAGGAGUUUCAGGUGGUUCAGGUCUUGCGGAAUGAAAACCCACUGCUGUGGACCCCAUAUUGCCGUGAACGCGAACGCGUUCGCAGGCGCUGCGAGGGCAAAGACUUGUCCGGGGAGCUGAAGACCGGUCUCUGCGAUGCCUUCCGCCAAACUCCAGGCUAUGCAUCGCUUAAAGCGGAAGCUCGGGAAGUCUACUUGUUCCACGGCACCCGGCCCUCCGCCGCCAAUGUGAUCUGCAGCUCGGAUUUUCGCCUGGACUUUGCGGGCUCUCACGCGGGGAUGAUGUACGGCAAGGGCCUCUACUUUGCGGAAGCCUCCAGCAAAGCAGAUGAGUACGCCUCGGAAGAUACGGAUGGGAUCUAUCAGGGGCUCUUCUGCAUGUUACUCUGCAGAGUGACUUUGGGAGAUUGGAUAUAUUGCGACGCAGUGAAGCCGGACGCGGAGGCUCUUGUGCGGGGGAUACAGCAAGGUCUACACGACUCGAUCCUGGGGGACCGCGAGAAAGCUCGGGGCACCUACCGGGAGUUCAUCGUUUUUGACAACAACCAGGUUUAUCCGGAAUACAUCAUCAUCUACAAGCGCCUGGCUUCACGCGCACGUGUGAUGGCAGAGGCAGCGGAUGCUGAGGAGCCCACUUCGAACAUCUGAAAUGAAUUCGAGGUAACUUACUGUCUAUCUUGAUGAGCUGCCAAAAAAGAAUGCCCUCCCCCGACCCUCAUACUCCGUUUAGCAGG